GCAUAAUCUCGACAUACGUAGUCGUACGUAGUCGUACGUGGUUACAACGUAAACCAGUAGAUUCGGUAACAUUACUCUGUUGCUAUCAUGGAUAAUAAUCGAGUAGACGUACAUGUAUAUGAGGGAAAAUUAAUCGGUAUCGUUGAGGAAGCUGUCCAUGGUGAUCAUUACGUCGCGUUCCGAGGAAUACCAUAUGCGAAACCACCGAUUGGUGAACUAAGAUUCAAGGAUCCGCUGCCAUCAGAAAGAUGGGUCGGCGACAGAGAUGCCUCAAAAUAUGGAAAUAUCGCUGUUCAAGUUGAUUUACUAACACGUGAAAUAAUAGGUGAUGAAGAUUGUCUCUACCUAAAUAUAUAUACUGUAGAUAUCGUGAAAAAACGUCCAAUUAUGGUGUGGAUACAUGGUGGCGCUUUUAUUUGGGGUUCUGGUAAUGCAGCCUGGUAUGGUCCCGAUUACAUUGUUCAAAAAGAUGUAGUACUCGUUACGCUAAAUUACAGACUAGGAGCUCUAGGUUUUCUAAACCUCUACGACAAAGUAGUAACGGGUAAUCAAGGUCUGAAAGAUGUGGUUAUGGCGUUAAAAUGGAUCCAAAAAAAUAUAUCACCAUUUGGUGGAGACCCGAAUAACGUCACUAUUUUUGGCGAAAGUGCUGGUGGAGCUAUCGUGCAUUAUCUAAAUCUAUCUCCGUUAAGCAAAGGUUUAUUUCACAAAGCAAUCUCGCAAAGCGGUGUCGCCUCGAAUCCUUGGAGUUUGACUGAAUGGACAAACAAAGCGAUGAGCAGAGGUUUUCAACUUGCGGAGAAACUUGGAAAGGUCACAUCAGAUCCAAAAGUCGCUUAUGAGUUUCUUAAGACAAUCGAUGCAAAAAAACUCAUAAAAGUUGGACAGAAGUUUCUUGCCACACCAUUAGACCGUCUACAACAUGUUUUAAUAUUUACACCUACUUUGGAUUAUGAAUCACCGAAUCCAUUCUUUCCGGAACAUCCAAAUACGUUAAUACAACGCGGAGUUAAAGUGCCAUGGCUUUUAGGAAAUAACAGUUGUGAAGGAUCUUUUUUCAUAUGCAGUACACUUUUCGGACAAAUAAGCAAAAAAGCUCUUAAAGAAAUUGAUUCUGAUUUCACGAAAACCAUAAUUCCUAGAGCUUUAUCUACAAUGUCAAAAAUACCGAUCACAGUUGAAGAGUUACGAUUUUUAUAUUUUGGAAAUAAAGCAGUAUCAGAAGAAACUUUAAUGAAUUACGCUGAUUUUCUUAGCGAUGUCAUGUUUAAUCGUGGUAUCAUGGAAGCAGUUGAUAUUCAAAUGAGUUCUGACAGUUACACGCCAACAUAUCUGUAUAAAUUUUCAUAUGAAAGUAAAACUUACGUCGGAAAGGAAAUAUUAAAGGUUACGCUGCCAGGAGUGACUCAUGCCGAAGAUUUAUUUUUUUUAUUUUAUCCUCAUGUAAUGAAAGAAUUCAAUUUGUCAUCACUUCUAUCUAAUUCGAAUGACUAUAAAAUGAUAGAUUGCUUAACCCAAAUGUGGACAAAUUUUGCUAAAACAGGAGAUCCAACGCCUAUUAUUACGAAUUUGACUCCUACUAAAUGGACUCCACUAAAAUCUGGAGAUAUGUGUGAUUAUUUAAAUAUUGAUCUUGUUCCUCGCAUGGAAAACAUUCGUAAAGGAGAACGACGCUGUGAUUGGAAGAAUAUGAAACACAAACUAUGAAAUUCUGUGUCUGUUAGAAUAUUAUUUAC